CAGGACGCCGUCAGCACGAGGUGACGGGUGCCUCCUGUCGUACCCGUAUCACUUAAGAGGAAAAUGUGGAGCAUGGAAAAAGAGAUGAGACAAAGGAGGAUGGAGGUGUUCACAUGAAACAGCUGUGCCUCCCUCCUAUCUCCCCAUCUGCCCAUCAUCCAUUCUUCAACUUGACAUCAUCCUUCCACCACUCAGACAAGAAGAAGAAGAGGAGGAGGAGGAGGCAAGAAGAGGUGGUCGCACAUGCAGUUGUAACGCUUCCAAAGGUGAGCAAAGACAGGGGAGGGAAAGUGGCGGCAACUUCCACCAGCGGUGAGAUGAAUACUGGGAUGGAGAGAGGGAGAACUGGACCACUUGGAUGGACUGUGGAUCCCUUACACAGCUGAAGGAUGAAACGGGUCCACCAUCACCUUAGUUGGAAAAAGUGUCCAUCUCCAGCAUGUCCAUGUUAUUCCUGAUACUUUGCAAGACCGGUCUGAGACACAAACUCCGGAUGCUUCCAGGGAAAAUGGUCAACACUGUCUACAGUGAUGAGGAAAAGGGAAUCCAAGACAAGGAAAGCAAGGAGGAGACCAUCUUGGCCAUGUUGGGCAUCAUUGGGACCAUUCUCAACUUGCUGGUUAUCAUCUUUGUCUAUAUCUACACAACACUGUAGAGCGCUCCUGAUUCCGGUCUAGUUUUUGCAGCUCUGGACUGCUGAGCUGCAACUAUGUUGACCAAUGAGGAGAAGCGUACAGGUGAAUGGAGGCAGAGAAAAGCCUUAGACAGGAUCAAAUGGGAUACAAGGCCAUACAAACCAGUUGGAUGUGACUUGUAUAUAACGCAUGAAGACUGUGGGCCAAUCAGGCUUUAAAGAGCAGCUUUAAAAACUUUUUUUCUAAUAAAUAUUGCGACUUAUUUAGUGAAAUUAAUACAUUUCCUUCUGUAUAAUUAACGAUGGAAAAUGUGCUCAGAUGUUAACUGCAGGUGUUUGUUUUUUUUCUAAAUGAUUUUCUCAAUAAAAUAAAACUAAACAAAAAUUUCUUUUUGAGCAGAAAUGGGUAAGAGAGUUAUUACAGUAUUAUGAUACAUUUUAUUUGUGCAUGUGUGUGACACUGUGUCUGUUUAAAGUGCUAACAUUUUUCAAAAUGUCAUCCAAUGUUAAUCAUGGCACAUUUUGUGGAAUUUCAUGGAAGUUUGAAGAUAUUUUAAGUGGAUGGGAAACUGAAUCCACAGCGCCUUUUUUGCAGCUUUUUGCAGCUAUCACAGUUUGAAAAUAUAUUCAUUUAAGGACAUUUUACAUAUUUUUUGUUGCCUAAAUUACUAUAAAGUACUGCUAAAGUACAUGAACUAAAAUAUAAAUAUGUGUGAUUAUUGAAGUGUCAGUAAUUUUACAUUGAUGAAAAUAUAGCAACCACAGGAAGUACUGUACAGAAAGUUCAACAAAAGGAACAACAACGAAUACUAGAUGAGUGAGUCGACAUUAUGUGUUAUUUAUGCCUUACAGGUCGUACUUCUACUUAUUAUGUCCACUAUAUUGCUUCAAGACAUGAUUAUUCAACAUCAACUACACACAAUCCAUACACCGUCAUCCCUCACCACUUUGCCCUUCGAAUUUCGCAGCUAUCACAGUUUGAAAAUAUAUUCAUUUAAGGACAUUUUACAUAUUUUUUGUUGCCUAAAUUACUACAAAGUACUGCUGGAGUACGUGAACUAAAAUAUAAAUAUGUGUGAUUGUUGAAGUGUCAGUAAUUUUACAUUGAUGAAAAUAUAGCAACCACAGGAAGUACUGUUUAACAAAAGGAACAACAAGGAACAAAUACUAAGAUGAGUGAGUCGACAUUAUGUGUUAUUUAUGCCUUACAGGUCUUACUUCUACUUAUUAUGUCCACUAUAUUGGGUAAUAUGAUUUUAAAGGUGAUUGUAGGGGUGUUACUUCACAUCUGGAGGGCUCUAAUAUUUAUAAAAAAACAUAUUAAGAAGGUCAUAAAAUUGUCUAUGAUCUUUAUUUAAUUGUAAAUUUCGAAAUAAUGAAUCCUAAUGUGCAGAAAUGUACUUAUGUGGUGAUUGGGUCUGAAAGGAAUUAACAGUGAUAAACUUUAAAUGUAUAAUUUACUGUAAUUCUUAACUAUUGUGUCCAUCCUUUAAGUCUGAGCAUCUUCACCUCAAAUCAGUAAGGUAUAUGCUUUUAUGUUAAUUUAAGCCUCAUUCAUUCAUUCAUUUAAAAUUCUAUCAUAAUCAUUUGCAUUGGAUUUAGACAUUUUUUUUAAUAAUGUGGACAGAUCUGUGAUGCAAAUGUAGGGUUAUUGUGCAUAUUGACUGUAUGCCUUAAAUAUGUGAGAAGUGUUUCAAUUAUCAGGUUUUUACACUUCACUUGUGUAUAGUAUCGAUAUACGUAUAUACUGGUGAUGUACAGUUCAGUACAAAGGUUUCACUUUUAUUAAUGGUGACUUCAUGGUCAAUUUUAUAAUGUAUACUUCUUAAACUGUUGUUUGUAUGUAUGAAGUCAGAAGAGUGAAUCAAUGCAGGCCUGAAUUACCUUUAACUUACAUAUGAGUAAAAUAAAACACCAGAGCUUCACCAUAGUGCUGAUAUUCCAUUUUACAUGGGAAUUAAUUUUUGUUUGAUGGUUGGUGAAAAGAUUAAAUGCAUGGAGUUAUUUUUUUUAAUCGGUUUGUGUUCUAUCUUUCUGUUAUACACCCGUUGCAACAUUUGUGUACAGUCCAAUGCAUAGGUAUGCAAAGUUUGGCCAAAGGAGGCCAUUUGCAACCCACAGCUAAUUUCAUUUUAGCCCAUGACUCAGUAUAUUUAAUUGAAUAAUUAUUAAAGAUUAAGGCCAAUGAACAAGUGGUUACCAGGAAAGACUACAUCAUGUCAGUUUCCAACCUCAUGACUUCAGAAAGUGCCUCAGAUCUUUGUGUCUCCGUGAUCACAGAAACACAACAGUGACUUUAUCUGGCUUGAGCAGAACUUUAACAGACCGCUUGGAAGAUACCUGCAAGUAGAAGCUGCAUUCUGGAUCCACUCUGUGACCACAACGGGACUGGACUCCUUCCUAAAAGGUGGAUCAAUAAAGUCUGCUUAGAGCUUAGAAAUAAUGAGAGCGAACGCCUUCUAAGCACACAGACAAAUAUAUUGAAUGUAUUCAUGAUUAUUGUAAAC